GUGGAUGUGCGCGACCUAUCCUUGGCCUUGUGUAGCGGACGAGAGUUCGCGGAAUAAUAUGAUAAAAAUGAAUUGUCAAUUCGGGGUUAAAAGAUCGGGGCGUCUGUGCCUGACAACGGGGGUGGCAGGGCAGGGGAUGGUGAUCUCAAAGAGAGUAGGGGGAAGGGGAAGUUUUGUAUCAGACGCUGCUUCGGGUGCCCAAGGCGUGGUUGCCACCUGGGAGUAGUCGAAUCACUGCCUUGGCCGGAAGAGUUGAA